AAAGCUUGCAAGAGCGUUAUUAUUUAUAUUUAUAUUUAUUUUAUUUUUGAUCUGGAUGCCAACAUCCCUAAACCUUUUUCUAUUUUGAGUCUUGUUGGAUUCGUUCACCAUGGCCUAUUCAUUCAAAUCAGGUGAAUUUGUGUUGCCAUUGCUGGUAAAGGUUUCUGUGUCGUCGCAGCGGAUCAACCUAUAAGGGACGAGACUGAUGACUCCAUAAUCUAUGAUAUUCUCGCGGACAAAUGCGUGCUGGCCUCUUCAUUCCAUUACCACAGGAGAUGGUUGCAUCUUCAUUUACGAUGAUUUUGAGUCCUGCAAGCAGGUUAAGUAUGCCUCGCAAGGUUGUGGUUCCAUACAAAUCUUGAAAUUUAUGGAAGAUCAAAUGACGUCCUACUCUUCCACCUCACCACACUUGCCCGCACAGGAUGAUGUGCCAUCACUUUCAGAAGCGAAAAGGUUUGUGGCUACGCUAUUGGGAAGGAUAUGUACGCGGGGAAGAAGUUUGAAAUUGUUGUUAUGAAUGCUGCAAAUGGUAUUUCUCGGAAGGUUUUGGACAUCGAGGGGAAUUGAUAUGUAGAUGGAAAUGCAGCAGAGAAUAACCAAGGAAAAGUAUGUUACGCCUGAAACAAAUU